AACUGUUUCUUGCUGCAUCUUUGCGCAUCUCAGCAUUCAUUGACCAUGUCGUGCUCUGUCCGUGCAUCCUGCCCAAGUCCCAAGACCGUGACUUCAAACUCCAUUAUCAUUGCACGUCGAUGUGGUACAGUUCUUCCAUGUGCAACCAAAGCCUACAGCGUGUACGGCUGCGGCGUGAGUGGAAGCGCCCGCAUCUCCUCUAUUCGCCAAGGUGGCUGCGUCCCAGACCUGCAGUGCAGAAUCGGCAGAAGACAAGGAUAUUAUGCCGGAGUGUCCAGAAGUGGAGGAUCUGGAAUCGUUGCUGGAGGUUGCUAUGGCAGGAAUGAUGACUAUCACCAAUUGAACGAGAAGUUCACCAUGCAGAACCUUAACGACCGUCUGGCUUGCUACCUGGAGAAGGUGCGAACUCUGGAGGCUGCCAAUGCCAAUCUGGAGCGGCUGAUCAGGGAGUAUUAUGAGAAGAAGAGACCCAUCUGUCAGAGGGACUACAGCUGCUACUUUAACACUAUCAACUGUCUCCAGGAAAAGAUUAAAGAUGAUAAAGUCAACAUCGCCAACAUCCUCCUGCAGAUCGACAACUCUAAACUUGCCGCUGAUGAUUUCAGGAUGAAGUAUGAGCAUGAGUUUGCCAUGCGCAAAUCUGUGGAAGCUGACAUCUGUAACCUGCGUCGCUUGUUGGACCAGAUGACCUUGACAAAGGCCAACCUGGAGAAUCAGAUCGAAGGUCUGCUAGAGGAUCUGGCAUGCUUGAAAACCAACCACCAGGAGAAUGUAGCAGCACUGAUGUGUCAGCUGACCGGCAAUGUGUGUGUGGAAGUGGAUGCUGCUCCACAGCAAGACCUGAACAAAGUUUUGGAAGAAAUACGUAGGCAUUAUGAGGCUAUAAUUGAUAAACAUCGUGCGGAACAUGAGUGCUGGUUCAAAGAGAAGUUGGCACAGCUGUGCCAAGAUGUGAGCAGCAACACAGAGUGCAUCGAAACCUCCAGAUCAAUGGUUGCAGAUUUGCGACGCAAGCUGCAGUGCCUAGAGAUCGAGCUACAGGCUCAAAUUAACAAGAAAUCCGCACUGGAGUGUUCACUGUCUGACACAGAGGCUCGGUAUGGUGCGAUGUUAGCUGAAUUCCAGAAGCAUAUCAACAUACUGGAAGAAGAACUGUGUCAGGUGCGCAAUGGCAUUGAGCAACAGGGCAGAGACUAUGAUGCACUGCUGGACAUCAAGAGCCGCCUGGAGAAGGAGAUCGCCACCUACAGGUGCCUGCUGGAAAAUCAGGAUUUUAAGAUUCCAGUUCAAGGAGGGACAUGUUCUUCAACCUACGUGUGCACAACACCUGCGAAAACAGCCUUCACAUGUAAAGAAGUCAUAUAAAACCACAUAAACAAACAAUGGAAAGAAGAAUCAUAGUGGAUUUAUGUCACAAUUAAGCCAAUAUGGGCCUGCUGGCUGAGAGAUUCUUAAUGUGUGACCCUUAAUAAAGUUCAUUAACAAUA